AUGACUGUGAAAAGGAUUCUUUACUGGAAACCGAACCUAGAAUCGGCAAUAAACAGUCAUUCGGUGAACAAAAUCUCAGAGUGCGUGAAGGCCUUCAAUGGCGUCAAAGAAAGAACAUGGAAAACUGAGCUGAGUUUACUAUUUUUUUUCUUAAGUUUUUGCAGUUAUAACAUUAGUUUGUUUUUGUUUAAUUCUUGUUGGGACGAUGAUGGUGCAGGUGUGCAGUAUAAACUGGGUGACCUUCGGUUCAAAUUGAUUAAAGUUCUUAGUCGUGAUAAAAAUCGGAGUGGCAUUUUUGUGGAGAUUGAGUAUAUGCCUAUUUCUUCAAUUGAAAUAGCAAAGCCAAUUAUGGAAGAGUUCAUUGAAAUAUGGCAACAAGUGGUGUCCACAAAAUCAUUAUCAGGUGAAUUCAUUGGAACAGAACCAAAUUUUGCAGAAUAUGGGCUUUCCGACAGUUACACUUGGCGACACACUGCUGUUCAGUAUGUUGAUGCAUUGCUGGAAUUAAUUCAUUCCGGGGGAAUUUAGAUUGAAGUAUUUCCCUUGUCAUCAAAAUGCAACAUACAUACAUGUUCUUCUUCUAGCUAUUGGUAUUACAAAGUCAGAUAGAUAUUUGUUCAUAUACUUGUAUUGAUAUGCAAAAACAUAUACUUGUAGUUGAAAACUCAAUACUCAUGAUUAAACCAAUGUAUCUAUUCAAUUU